AUGGCAACUAUCGACCUUGCACAGUCGACGCUCUACCCGAAGAUCACGACGCAUAUCCCACAGAUCAUCAGCCAACUACAAUACUUGAACCGCGACCCUGAUCACCCCGACGUUAACAUCGCCCUGGAGCCUGUACCUUUUAUCGGUACUGUCAAGCUUCACGGUACGCAUGCAGAUAUACUGGUAUAUUCUGACGGUCGCAUCGUCUUCCAGUCACGAAAUAUUACUGGUCUAUCCGUUGAAAAAGACAACCAAGGAUUUGCAGCAACCAUGUCCAACAGAAGAGAGGCCAUAAUUCAACUGCGAGAUUCGUACUUGGCACGGUGGAGAGAACUGAACCCUGGCGCAACGACUGAAGAAGACCUACCAGUGCUCAUAGCCGGCGAAUGGAUAGGCAAAAAUAUACAAAAAGAUGUGGCUAUCGCCCAACUGUCCCGUCGCCUUGUCGUCAUAUCAAUCAAUAUUAAUGGGCAAUGGCAGAAAGACGAAGAAUACUCCGAUAUCUCGCUACCAACUCACGACAUUUACAACGCAUCAAGAGCUGGCCUAUUUCGCACAACACUCUACCCGGAGGACUACGAACGUACAGUCUCAGAGAUCGAACAAAUGACUGAAGAGGUCGCUGCUCACUGUCCCUUCGCAGCGACGUUCGGAACAACCGGUCUGGGCGAAGGUAUCGUCUGGAAACCCCUACCUCCUCAGUACAAUGCCGACCCUUCUCUUUGGUUCAAAAGUAAAGGUGGAAAAUUCAAGCCCAGAUUCUUCCGUCCUCCUAAACAGACCGUCGGCACUGGUACCCUUGAAGAUAGACGCAAAGCAGCCGCAACAACGGCAGCCGCGUGGUGUUCGCAGCAGCGAUUAGAGCAGGGCUGGGAUGUGCUACGCGAGAAGGGCAUUGAACGGAAUGUAAGAGCGCUAGGGGAUUUUUUGAAGUGGAUACAACGGGAUAUUUUGGAUGAGGAGAAGAUCCACAUUAAGGAGCAUGGGGUUGAUGAGGCGAGUUUGAAGCUUGAAAUUGCUAAGAUUGCGAAACCCUGGUAUAGGGCGCAUCUGCGCGGGCUAGCUUCAGGAUGA